AUGUCUAAAUUCUCAAUGUUACUCAAUCUUAUUGAGGAAUCCAACCCAAACCAACACAUUGCUCAACAACAUCAUCACUACACUACUACUAGUCAACCAACCAACUUGACAGCAUCAUCAUCAACAUCUUCUCCAUCAUUGUUGAACCACAAGAGAGUGAUGGGAUAUGAUGACGAAGACGUGAUCAGAUUCCAACAACAACAACAGGAACUCAUCAAAUCACCAAAGAAAACAAAAUACAAUGACGAAUUUCAACAACAAUCUCAUCAUCAACAACAACAACAUCAUCAUCAUCAUCAUCAUCACCACUCUAGUCCAACCAAUUCACCUCCAUUAUUGCUCACAAAGAGUCAGAUCAUUCCAACCAGCAAACAAUUAUAUACACCUGAAUACAUCAGUUCCAAGGUCAACUCUGAAUUGGUAGGAUCAGCCGAUCACACAUGUCCAUCACCAUCCUCGCCACCAUCUCUCGAAUAUCUUCACUAUUACAAGUUUAACGGCAUCUCUCCCAACUCUUCAUCUCAUCACAAUCAUCAUAGUCAUGGUCAUCAACAAUUAUUGACCAAGAGUAAAAGUUUUGAGACUACUGAACAACAAGUGGCAACUGUCGACGACAACUACAUUGAUCACGAAGAGAUUGAUGAUGGUGAGUUUGGCGAGGAAUACGACGACGACUAUGACGACGAAGAUGAAGAGGGUGAAGAGUUCCGUUUGGACAAUAUCAACAUUAACAAUAACAGUGCGGGGGCACACCAAAACCAUCACCACCAUCAUUAUGCCUCCCAUCAUCAACAACCACACCAUAACCACCACCAACUACAAUCACUAUUUGAAGAGAUGAAGCAACAUGGCUCGUCGUCCAAUGGAGCCGGCUCGUCAACUUCUCCCAAGAAGCUGCAGAUUGUUGCACCAUCGCCUGUUGGGUCGCCUUUGGCCUCGCCAUUGGGAUCUCCACAACGUUUCCGUUGUGUGCCAGGCAGCUCGUCGUCGACGCCAAGUACACCCAAGUCACACGUUGGCACGCCAUCACGUCCCUUCCCAACACUCGACUACAAGGUCAAGAGUGAGCAGGUCAAGCAAAACACGGACGGCACCUACAGCUGCCCAUACCCCACCUGCAACAAGACAAUCAAGGGUAACAAGGGUAACUUGUCGUCUCAUCUCCGUUGGCACAGACGUUUGGAUGCCGAGGCGGGAGAGUCGCGCGGCAUCAACAACUUGGAGGAAGGCGAGGAGGAAGAGUUCACCACGCCACUCAAGCCAUCGCAGCGUGGUGUCCAACUACGCAACCAAAUGAUUCACUAUGGUCUCAACCUCUUUCGUCAAGACAACCAGGGCAAGUAUCUCUGCUUUUUCGACGGCUGCCAAUUGCGCAUGUUGACCAACUUUUCGCGUCACAUUGCCAAGCAUGAGCGCAAGGGCGACCAGAUUAAAGAGGAGCUCAAACCAUUCCUCCCCAAGUCCUCUGUCAAUAACCCACGUAUCCCAUGCUCACCACCUCCCCUCGCAUCACUCCAAAACACCCCAUGUCUCUACUCGUCCCAGUCGACUCCCAACCUAUCACCACUUCAAGAUAGUAUCAAGUCUGGUGGUUUGAACAUGUCUUCCUCCUCUUCCACUCAACCAAUUGCCUUGCAACCAGCACUCAAGAGCAAAAAGUCCUACCAAAACCUCACCGUCAAUGUCAACAAUUCAUCGACCAAAUGUGGAAGUCCCAUCGGCUCGAGCCACGGCGUCAACUCGAUCAGCGUCAUCUCCCCACCCCUCCUCUCACCAACCUUUGGCAACAACAAACCAAUCUCUUCACCACCAUUCGAGGGUUCCAACAACCAUCACUCUUCAUCAUCAUCGCCAUUUGUGUGUCGCAAAUCAUUGUCCACUUCCAAACUAGAAAUCUUUUCAAAGGCUUCCAUCGAAGAUGAUUAUAAUCAAGUACCAAUCUCAUCCUCUGGCAAACGUUAUCUUAGUCAGAGCCAAACUGGUACCAACUCACCCACCACUGUCGGCACCGGUCCAUCAUCACCAAACUUUUUGUUUAGUGCUUCGUCGUCGUCGUCGGCCAAGAGAGGAGGAGGAGACGAGAUCCAAUGGAUCUACAAGAAACCUGUAACACCAUCUUCAUCACCACGUGUGUCUGUACCAUCGCCAUUCCCAUCACCAUCGGCUUCAGUCGUGCCAACCACCCCACCAUCGCCAAACAGCAACGGCAUGCAACAUUUGGUGGCACCAUUGACCCCAACCUCUUCAAUGAACAUCCAAUUCUCCAAGUUGCACUGCGGUGGUCCCAUCAGCAGUCUUGGUAGUAUUAGUAACAGCCUGUCAUACAGUAGCAACAGUAUCCUUAAACCAAAAAAAGAAGAUGCUGCCAAAUCUUUAAUUUGUUUUAAACAUUCAAAUUAA